AUGGAUGCCGCCGCCAUUCGAAACUGCAUCGCUGCCACUCUCGACGCCGAUGCCGACGUCAGACGGAGGGCUGAGCUUCAGCUGAAGCAGGCCGAGGCCCAACCAGGUUUCACGGACAUCCUCCUGGAUCUCGUCCAGUCCGAGCAAAAUGCCACUCUUCAACUGCCCACCGUCAUUUACCUCAAGAACCGCGUUAACCGUGCCUGGGAACGCCAAGAGUACUCUCCGAACGACCCUUUGAUACCAGACGAUGAGAAGGUGCGCUUUCGAGAACGGUUAUUGCCCAUACUCGCAAGCUCCCCAAACCUGGUGCGGCACCAGCUUGUGCCCAUCCUGCAGCGCGUCUUGCACUUUGACUUUCCGGACAGAUGGCCUACGUUUAUGGACUACACCAUACAGCUGCUCAACACCAACGAUGCACGGUCAGUUCUGGCCGGCCUGCAGUGUCUCUUGGCUGUCUGCCGGGCCUAUCGCUUUAAGGCUAGUGAUAGCGACAGCAGGGCCCACUUCGACAAGAUCAUCGAGGCCAGCUUCCCAAGGCUGCUGGUAAUAUGCAAUGAGCUGGUCAACCAGGAGAGCGAUGAGGCGGGCGAAAUGCUGCACAUUGCCCUCAAAUCAUACAAACACGCCACAUGGCUUGAGCUCUGCGAAUUCCUCCGCCAAAGCCCCGUCAACCUUGGCUGGUGCACCGUCUUCCUUCAAACUGUAUCCAAGGCUAUUCCUGCGACCGCUAUGCAGGGUGACCCUCUGGAGCGGGAGCGUCACCACUGGUGGAAAGCCAAGAAGUGGGCGUAUUUUAACUUGAAUCGUCUGUAUAUCAGACACGGCAACGUCCAGGCAGUCAUGGACAGGGCCGUCGAACCACCCACGCGGUUCGCCAAGGAGUUUACUUCACAGGUCGCGCCUGAAAUCCUCAAACAUUACCUACAAGAGAUCGAAAAGUGGGUGUCCAAGAGCAUCUGGCUCAGUCGGCCAUGCCUCUCGUACACCAUUGUGUUUCUGGAUGAGUGCAUCCGUCCUAAGGAUAUGUGGGCGCACCUGAAGCCUCAUUUGACCAAUCUUGUCACGCACUUCAUCUUCCCGGUCCUCUGCCUUACCGAGGAGGAUAUCGAGAAGUUCGAAGACGAACCCGAGGAAUAUCUCCACCGAAAACUGAACUUCUACGAAGAGGUUUCUGCGCCAGACGUUUCAGCUACCAAUUUCCUGGUCACACUUACCAAGGCGCGGAGGAAACAAACCUUUGAGAUCCUCUCGUUCAUUAACGAAGUCGUGAACCAGUAUGAGCAAGCUCCAGAAGGGAGCAAGAACCACAUCGCAAAGGAGGGUGCUCUGCGCAUGAUUGGAACACUCGCGCCCGUCAUCCUAGGCAAGAAGUCGCCCAUUGCUUCGCAAGUGGAAUACUUUCUGGUGCGCUAUGUUUUCCCGGAUUUCACCAGCCAGCAAGGAUUCCUCCGCGCUCGCGCUUGCGAUACCGUUGAGAAAUUUGAGCAGCUGGAUUUCAAGGAUCAGAACAACCUUCUUGCCAUCUACCGCCACAUCCUCGACUGCAUGGCCGAUCCGAAACUUCCAGUGCGCGUAACUGCUGCCCUGGCAUUGCAGCCUUUGAUUAGGCACGAUGUCAUCCGGACAAGCAUGCAAACGAGCAUCCCUACCAUUAUGCAGCAGCUAUUGAAGCUAGCCAACGAGGCGGAUAUCGAUGCUCUUGCGAACGUCAUGGAGGAUUUCGUCGAGGUCUUUGCUGCCGAGUUGACGCCAUUUGCCGUUGCGCUCAGUGAGCAGCUGCGUGAUACCUAUCUACGGAUCGUCAGGGAGCUGCUGGAAAACAGCGAGAAACGGGAUGAUAUGGACAACGAAUAUGGCGACUACUUGGACGACAAGAGCAUAACAGCGCUCGGCGUAUUACAAACCAUUGGUACUCUCAUCCUCACGCUCGAAAGCACGCCGGACAUACUCCUUCAUAUUGAAGGCGUUCUGAUGCCAGUUAUCCAGAUCACGCUGGAAAACAAGCUAUAUGACUUGUACAAUGAGGUGUUUGAGAUCAUUGACAGCUGCACUUUCGCUGCUAAGCAGAUCUCGCCCACCAUGUGGAAGGCGUUUGAGCUCGUUCACACAACCUUCAAGUCCGGUGCCGAGUUAUAUCUUGAAGAUAUGCUGCCAGCCCUAGACAACUUUGUGCAGUAUGGUGCGCCACAGCUCAUGGAGAAGCCUGAGUAUGUGGAAGCGCUAUUUUCCAUGGUUUCGGACAUGUUCACGGACAACAAAGUUGGUGGUCUGGACCGGAUAUGUGCCUGCAAGCUCGCUGAGGCCAUGAUGCUCAGCCUGCGUGGCUACAUCAACAAUUGCGUCCACGGAUUCAUCAGUAUGGCGAUGGGCGUGCUUAGCACCCAGGACGUCAAGCCCAAAUCUUACAAAGUCCAUCUUAUGGAGAUGGUCAUCAACGCUAUCUACUACGAUCCUCUUCUGUCUCUCCAGAUUCUCGAAUCCCAGGGCUGGACAAACAAGUUCUUCAGCCUUUGGUUCAGCAACAUGUCUGCCUUCACUCGGGUACACGACAAGCAAUUAUGCAUCCUGGCCAUCAUUGCUCUCCUCAACGUCCCACCAGAGCAAAUCCCGCAAAGCGUUAUGGUCGGCUGGCCGAGGUUGCUCCACCAGGGCAUCAAGGUUCUCUUUGACACCCUUCCGGAGGCCAUGCAGAAUCGUGAGGAGGCGUUGAAGGAUGAUUUCCAGUUUGAGAGCGGCACGUACGGGUAUGAUGACAGUGAGGAGGAGUGGGAUGAUGAAGAAGCAAACUGGGGGGCUGCGGAGAAUGAAGAGGAGGCUUCUACCGAAGCCAAAGACGAGAGCACAGCGUAUCUGGAAUUCCUAAACGAGGAGGCGCAAAAGUUCAAGCCCGCAGAGACCGAAGAAUCUGACGAUGAACUCGGCGAGGAUAGCGUAUUACUAGAGUCGCCUCUGGACAGGAUUGAUCCUUAUCUCGCCUUCAGGAAUUCCUUCAGGAAAUUGCAGCAAGAACAGCCCCAAUUCUACACUUCGUUGAUAUCACACCUCUCGCCAACCGAACAGUCGGCCCUGCACGAGGUUUGCCAGCGGGCUGAUGCCCAAGAGUUUCUGGGAGGGCAAAGCCAAUUCCCCAUGUCCCGGGGACGGAAUCCUACGGCGAACGGCACGAGUUAG